GACACAUUUGUCAAACCGAAAGCAAUUCCCUAAGCCAUGUCUCAUUCCAUGUUCGAUGCUGCAUGUGGACAUAUUACAAAAAGUGUUGGAAGUAAAACUUUACACUCUUCAAGAGAUUUAAAUUCAGCAGAAAGAUUUCGAGCACUAUGUAUUGUAAAGAGAAAAAAGCCAUUUUGGUUCUGGAAGAAACCAAAGAUGCUACCAACUCAAAUUAAUUUGGAAAAUUUGCUGGAUGAGAAAAAAGAACUUCCAGAGACUGUAAAAUCAUUUACGAUAUUAGAAAAUUUUUCCGAAUCACCAACCUUCAAAGUUUCUGGAUCAAUAGGAGGCAAAAUUGCUUCCGAGUUGAAUUUUAACCUUUCAGGUUCAGAUACAGUGACUCUUACAAUUAAACUAGGUGAUGUAGUGAAAACUGAGGUUUGUUGGCAAACACUUCAAGAGUUUCUUCAAGAAAACAGGGUCAAUCUGUCACAUUCAAUAUUUCGUGAAGUUAGAAAAUCCAAGCGAACAUCUCUUUGUGUGGUUUUAGAGUCAUUAUCAACUAAAGGUGAUGGUAACUUAGAGGAAACAUCAGAAGCAACAGUUUCGACUGAUGAUAAAGAAGGGGGAAAAUCUACUGUUACUGUUGAUGUUACCGAAUCAGGUUCUCUUAACAAGAAAAAUACACACACAUUUACAAUCCCACACGAUACAGUUCUAGCAUACAGCUGCAAUGAGCUCUCUAUUGACAAGAUGGGCUUUGCAGCACUUCACACUGUAGUGGACCGAUUGGAUGAUUAUAAUGAACCAUUGUUCCUAGAGAAAGCUGUGGCCAAUGAUCCAAUUGAUGAAAUCAAGAACAAGCUUGAACCAUUACUUAAAGCAGACAACUUUGAGCAGUUCAGAAAUGGAUGUAAAUUGAUAUUACCAAGCAUGACUCAUGAAUCUCUGGAAGCUUUGCAUUUGUUGCUUUCUUCUGCUGAAUUGAGUAUAGAGCAACCAUCAGAAGAUAAAUCGAUGUCUGUAUCUUCUCUUAGUCAAAUAUUUGAGACUCAAAGUGACGAAAAUGACACCUUCAAUCACCUCUUAUUGCAUCUUGGCUUCACUGUUGAAAAAGAUAAAGAGAACGCACAGAUCUAUUUCCCUUCAUCAGAGAAAGAGUCUAUCUUGAAAGCUACCUUAGGAUUGGUGGACGCGUUGGCAGAUAUUGACUUAGGAGCUCGAAAACUUCUUUCAAACAUUUCGCCUGCCAAUUUAAAGAGACUUCUGAAGAUGAUUGAAAACCAACUACACGGGGAAGAUACCUCGAAGAAGUCAAUGAAAAGCGUGUUUUUAAAUGAUCCAUCCACUGAACUGUUUUUAAAGAACAUUGGAUUCAUUGAAAUGGUAGUUGAUGACGAUGAGUUGUUGUGUUUUCCAGAGCGUAACAAACAUCUGUUGAGGGAUGUGUACACUGUCAUAUAUGUGUUGUCCAUGACAGAAGAUUAAACUGACACACCAAACAUGACGUGGUAUGAACAUGUCAUGGAAGUAGUGGGAAGUAGUGUAUUAAAAUGGGUGAUUUCUAUACAUGCUUUUUUUAAAGUUGCUUAAAUUUCUCUCACGAAUAUCUCUUUGGAAUUUUUCUAUUCACGUGGUUACCUACGCAGUUAGGCUAUUGCGCUAAUUAAAAAAACUUCUGGAACAAGAUGUUUCUGAAACUUUUUUUUCUUUUUCUCCAAAACACGUUAAAAUAGUUGCUUCGUUUUUUGAAGGAUUCGAGGUUCAUGUUGGUUUUAUAAACUCGCUUAUGUGGGAAAAGUGUAUAUAUAUGGUAGGAAACGAUAUGUUUUUCAAAGAAGGGUAUAUGCGAUCGAGUUUGUGCGUUAAAAAACAUUGUUAAACUUUUCGACAAAAUGUUAAACAUCUUAACUUUUUAUUGUUUGAAUUUAAAGCAAUCCGAUUCAAAAAAAUUCGCUCUAACGUUAUACAUAAACUUUGAUUGACAUAGGGAUUUCUCUUGUGUCUGUGUGCGUUGAAAUAUGGAAAGAAUUAUAGCAAAAAAAAAGCCGAACAGCCGAAAAAAAUAAGUUAAAAAGUGUUUAAACGGUUAACGUUGUUUAAUUAUUUUAAUUUAAAAUCUAUAUUAUAAUACCCGUAUACGUCUGUCCGUCUGUCACGCAAAAUAGUAGCUUAGCUGCGCAAGUAGCGAGGCGCACGCAGUACGGUAUAAAAAGGACGGGCGAACCCCUGGAUUUUUCCACGGGUUAACGACUAGUUAUUUAGAAUUUCAUAACCUCAAGAUGUGCUUGGUUUUUGAUGUUUAGUAUGUAAAUUGUUCUUCUCUUGCUUCUUUAUUUAGAGCAUGUUUUUAUACAUUAGUGCAAAUCUUUUGGAUAAGAUUCGCAAAGUCAUUCGAAAUUUCUGCCUUGAACGGUACUUGUUUACGUUUUUAUUGCACAAGCACUCAUAGCCUCAUUGUUUUUACAUAACACAUUGUAACGUAUUACCUAUAAACAAUCUUAUUGUUGCUCAUGUUGCGUUAUCAUUCUUAACUAUUAUUACAUUUUUUUAAUAUCUUAUGCAACAAAUCUUAUAUCUUGUAUCAAUAUGAUGAUCAAUAAUAUGUAUUAAUAUGACUACCUUAAAGGCUCGUUUCUAUUUUGACUGCAUUUUUCGCUAUAGCAUUAAAAGCACAAAAAGCUCUUGCGCACUUGGGCGAAACCUCAAAUUUUGUGCAAGGGCGCAUGCGCUAACAAAACAGCUCGUAAACUUUUUUCGCCACAGCAGAAAAUGCAGUCAAAUGGAAACGACACUUAUUAUAAUACAUUUUCACAAGAGUAUUUAUUUUGCCAAAUUCGCACAAUGCGUAUAUACAAUGCCAGUGUUGCUAUUCUCAAGCUUCAUUUGUCGCAUUUUAUCAUUUUUCAAUUACAAUGGCCAAAUUACGUCCUCUCCAAAUCGAACUUAUUGACCAUGUUUUUUAUGAAUGUUUACAACUUGUCACAAUGAAUAGUUUUCCAACCAUUUUUUAUUAAUAAUUACAGCACAAUUAAAAUACUACAAUACAGUAAUAAACUUAAUAUUCCUACUUUUAGCGAAAUUUAAUUCUGGUGAAAUCUAAAAAUUGGCUUUCUUUUUCAUGUCUCGUGAAAAUUGAUUAUCUACAGGCAAAACAAUUUUUUAUGAAUAGAGUUCUGUUUAAUUUGAGCUAAGAUAAUUAGAUAAAUUUUAUAUGAUUAGAUAAUGAGUCACUUACUGGACAUAGGCGCUGAAGCGUGACUUAAAAACUUUUGGGAAAUUGCUCGUAUGUUGUACAACAAAACGACGGGAGGGAUUUACACAUCUGGACAGCUGCACAGUUCGAAUUAUCGAAUCUUUUAGUUAGUCAACAAAAAGAGAAGAUGAGAAAUCGAGAAAAUGUAUUCAUGAAGGUUUGAAUUAAUAUCUAGCCCAUGUAGACUGUUUUUUUUUUAUUUACAGAUACGAAGAACGAAAUGAUUUUUUUAAGAAUAUAAAAAUUGUUAUCUCUUUCAAUCUUGAUA